GGGUCCUUCUUCUCCCCUCCGAGGAGCGCCCCACGGAUCCCUUGGGCCGGCCCCGAGGCGGCGGGGAGGCGCCUCUUUCCGGGGCACCCCCGCCCGCCGAGCCCCCCCGCACCCGAUCCCGCUCUCGCUCCGGCUUCUUCAGCCUCCUCGCCAUGAGCGGAGCCGGGGGAGGAGGAGGAGGAGGAGGCGCCUCGGCUGCCCCCGCCGCCCAUUUCCAGCCUCCGCCGCCACCGCCGCUUCAUGGGCCGCCGAGCCUGGCCAGCCAAGGCGCCGGGUACGCCGGGCAGCAGCUCCUCCGCGGAGCCCGGAGUCAUCAUCAUCAUCACCACCACCAUCAUCACAACAACCCCCCGCCGCCACCGCCAGGUGGCAUUGGGGCUUCCUUCCAGUGCCAGUUGAUCCAUCAAGACCACAUCUGUACUGAUGACAGUGACAAGAGUGAAGAUAGUCCGAGUCCCAAAAGACAGCGCCUUUCUCAUUCAGUCUUUGACUACGCAGCAGCAUCACCAGCCCCAUCGCCGCCAAUGCGACCAUGGGAGAUGACAUCAAAUAGGCAGCCUCCUUCAGCUCGACCAAGCCAACACCACUUCUCAGGGGAACGAUGCAACACACCUGCUCGCAACAGAAGGAGCCCUCCCGUCAGACGCCAGAGAACAAGAAGAGAUCGAUUGUCUCGACAUAAUUCCAUUAGUCAAGAUGAAAACUACCAUCUUCCCUAUGGACAGCAACAAGCAAUAGAAGAACCCCGAGCCUUCCAUCCACCGAAUGUAUCUCCCCGCAUGUUGCACCCGGCUGCUCAUCCACCACAGCAGAAUGCAGUGAUGGUUGACAUACAUGAGCAGAUUCACCAGGGCACAGUGCCUGUUUCGUAUACAGUGACCACCGUGGCGCCACAUGGGAUUCCACUUUGCACAGGUCAGCACAUACCAGCUUGCAACACACAGCAAGUCCCAGGAUGUUCUGUGGUCUUCAGUGGACAGCAUCUCCCUGUCUGCAGUGUGCCUCCCCCAAUGCUUCAGGCGUGUUCUGUUCAACACCUGCCUGUUCCAUAUGCAGCUUUCCCACCCCUUCUUUCUAGUGAUCCAUUUCUUUUGCAUCCUCCUCAUCUCUCUCCGCAUCAUGCCCCACACUUGCCACCUCCAGGCCAGUUUGUUCCCUUUCAAACACAGCAGUCACGGUCGCCUCUUCAAAGGAUAGAAAAUGAGGUAGAGUUGCUUGGAGACCACCUUCCUGUUGGAGGUUUUACCUAUCCGCCUUCAGCCCAUCCACCAACAUUGCCUCCCUCGACCCCUCUCCAGUUCUUAACACACGACCCUUUACACCAAGAGGUGUCCUUUGGAGUACCUUAUCCACCUUUUAUGCCUCGAAGACUUACAGGACGCAGCCGAUACCGGUCCCAGCAGCCAAUACCGCCACCCCCAUACCACCCUAGCCUUUUGCCAUAUGUGCUAUCAAUGCUUCCUGUACCACCUGCAGUGGGGCCAGCCUUCAGUUUUGAGCUGGAUGUAGAAGAUGGUGAAGUCGAAAACUAUGAGGCGCUGCUAAACUUGGCAGAAAGACUGGGAGAGGCCAAACCAAGAGGACUGACAAAGGCAGAUAUUGAACAACUUCCAUCCUAUAGGUUUAACCCAAAUAACCAUCAAUCGGAACAGACUUUGUGUGUAGUGUGCAUGUGCGACUUUGAGUCGAGGCAACUACUUAGAGUUUUACCGUGUAACCAUGAGUUCCAUGCCAAGUGUGUUGAUAAAUGGCUGAAGGCAAAUCGUACCUGCCCUAUCUGCAGAGCGGAUGCCUCAGAAGUGCAUCGUGAUUCAGAAUGACCGGCCUAAGAGCACAAUUCUCCUUUGGGUGUUCCUAGUCACAUGUGUAUAUAUAUAUAUGAACUCUCCAUUGAACUUAAACCGUGUGGCUUCCAGCCUUCCCUUCUACAAAAGGGUCAAUGGACCUUUCUUUGCACUGUGUGAUUUAAUCAACUAUAAAGCUUAUAAUUAGUCUUCACAAUUAUGGGAUUGUUAUACUAACUGUGUGAUUGGAACUCCAAAGAAUAUUUUUUUUCCUUUUAGCUUAAUUUCGUGUGUGCACUAACAUUCCCUGGUUUUUGUGUGAUCAUUCCGAGUGUUGCUGCGAGAUUACAGUGGAACGUGAUCUUCUAGCAUGUGCUUUUAUAUUAAAAAAAAGUGGUAGCUCCAAACAAUAUAGCAAUCUACCUUAUAUAGAGCCUUCAAAUACUGUGAGUGGGAAUAAACUGUGUGGGUGGGGUGCGUUGAUCGCAGGGUGUCUCUGUGUGUGUAUGCGGAAGUGAGGACGGGGUUGAAAGGCCGUGCGCGAGAGUACUUAUAUACCAGCAUGUACUGAGGAUGUGUGUGUGUAGUAUUAAUUAUGCUGCAAUGUAUAGUCUUGUGUGUUAUUUAAACAGUACUAGUACUGUACACUGGUUUCUUUCCUUGCGUUCGCAGUUGCACACUGAAUGCUAAGGGUGCAGCAAUUAUAGACAUUUGAUACUUCAUUCCCCCCCUCCUUCCAUGUAUUUAAUAGUAUCAGAAGGCCUUUUUGCUUUUAUUCAGACAACAAUGACGCUUCCCAUUGAUUGGAGAUCUUCUGUCUGUUGUUAUAGAGCGUACUGAUUUCUCGGUUAUUACCAAUAUUUACAUAGACUUUUUCUCAGGCUGUUGGAUGUCCAUGUUUUAAAACAUAUAUUUGUGGCUCACUGCUAACCUUAGAAGGAGUUGCAGCAUUGCACAGCCAGGUAGCAAUAUUACAAAUUCUCAAGAGAUUAGUUGAAGUUGGAAGUUUUUCUCGCAUCCUUUUUUUCCCCAGAAUUUUUUUCCAGCCAAUAUUGGCUGUUUCCUGUUAAAUUCUCAAACUUAGAUUUUUAUUUGAGAUAUUAAGAGUUGCAUUUUGUUCCAUUUUGUCCAUAAAACAAAAAAGCAGAGAAUCUCGGGAGAGUCUUGUGCAAGUGCUUCUUGUAUUGUUGGCAGUAUAGCUGCUUAAAUACACAAUUGAGCUUAUGAACACUGACACUUACUCACGUUCCUUUUCAUAAACUUGUACAAUUGAAAUCGGUUUGAAAAGAGACAUGAAUGCCCUUUCAUCUCUUUAGAAGUCCACGACCUUAAAAAUAAAAUUCUUAGCACUUUCCUAGAGAUAAAGCAUUGAGUUCCCCCAUGCCAGCCUUGGUACCAUUUUAAUCCUUUACUGCCUGACAGAAAUGUCGAAGGAGACUGUUUCUACCUUGCUGCGCCUGCAUUGACAAGAUAUUGAUAUUGAAGCGUCCUUGGUGUCAUAUGGCUAGAACGAAAAAACACUCAUGGUCAAGAAUGGGCUGGUGUAAAGAAAUCAAGGAAAAAAAGAAUAAAUGCUGUGAAUUUGGAGUUGACCUCCUUUCAACUGCCUCCUGGAUAAUUGGGGGGGGAAAAUGACAUCACUUACCAUGUUAGACUUGGCGUUUAUAAUCCCCCUCCCCUCCAAGUACACGGUUACACGUUAUUACAGAUGGACAUUUCUCUUCUUUUUGAUUUAAGCACCACAACUAACGUUUGGUUGCAACAGCACAAGCACCGCAGCUAGCAAUAUUGCUGGAAUCUGCUGCCUGUCGGCUUUUAUGUUCCUCCUUGCCUCCUUUUCUAAGGCUUUUUGUAUGCUGCUAUAUGUUAAGUCUGUUUGUUCCUCCACAACAGUGUUCGUUAUGAAUUGUCCUUCCUUCCGAAGGCUCUGCUGACCAAUCGCAGCUUGUGGUUCUGCAAAAUGAAAAAGCACAAUUCUUAAUCCUCCCUUUUUUUCGGAUAACCGUUUGCCUCUGUUUCGUAGCUAGGCGCCUUAGUCUGUCCAUAGUGUCAAGAUCUGAAAGCAAAUUUGCCACACUGUAUGCGACGUUAGCAAACGCUACCAUUUUCUUCCCCUCAGUAAUCGUCUCAACAUGUCAGAAAGGUUAAAUUGCACAUAGUAGACUUUAUUUUUCUAAAGCAAACAAAAUCAUGGGUUGGGAGGUGGGCCGGGAGGAGCCACACGCAAGUUUUACAGUACUUUGGGUCUUUUUUAUAUUGCUGGACAAAACAAUUUUUACCUGUACUAAACUAACUGUAACGCGACCCCACCCAGUGUCUACUGUCAAAGCAAAGAAAUAAAGGCACUUUCCUCUAACAAAGUGAUAAGGCACAUAGUACCUACUUUUGAGAAGUGACUUCUCAGCCCUGAAUUGGAUCCGUGCUGCAGCGCAGAGGUCUAUCCCUUGCUUCCCAGUUUCAGGUUGGCAGAGGGAUAUGGCUGCCAUAGAAAAUAUGUUGGUGGUAUCACCAGAGUUCGUUGUUGCACUUCUGUGGCUGAUCUCUCCCCCCUGAAUGACUAUUGUUUGCAUGGGGCUCUUGCAAAAGUGGGUGGAUCUAUUUCCUGUGGUUCAGUGUGUGUGUGAGAGAGAGACACACGCAUGGCACCCCUGAACUUGCUCAGUCUGGUGGCCGAAGGAUUCCCAACCCAGCUGCCACCAACCCGAAUAGAAAGUGGGGGGAGGAUCCGUGCUCAGCUGUUAACUGCCAUGCGUUAAUGCACAUUUGUGCGCUCAGUCCCACAUAACUCUCAUGGGGGCCUGACGGCAUCAGAUUACAUUGGGUUCGCCUCUCUGCCACCCUCCCACGCCUUCUCCCUACCUCUCCCACUAAAGGAAGAAAACAAAAAAAAAGUUGGCUUUAUCAUGUUGGCACUGCUGGGGUUUUAUUUGCAUGAACUGUCAACUUAAUUUGAUCUUCUGGCUUUUUUAAAAAAAGAAAUCUAUAAACUGGGUAUAAAAAGGCCUUUUGGAUAUCUCGAAGGUCUUAUUUUGUGGCUUUCUUUACAGAUUUAUUUUGUGCAAAGUAAUUUUUUUUGUAUAGAGUUUUUUGUACAGUCUCCAGGAUGUGAUUUUUGUUUUGUUUUGUUGCGGCUGUUCACGAUUUCACCUCUUGUAAUGUUUGGAACUUACUGACUCCUUUUGUUUUGCUUUCCAAAAGCUCAUUACAGACUCAGUUACUGGUAGGCCUGUCUAGGAGGGCCGCGGCUCUCUUGUUUUCCUUCGACCCCUUUGGUACCUUCAGUUACCUCAUUUUGCUCUUUUGUGUUGCAGACUUGCUAAUGAUUAUGAAAGCUUAUGGGUUUUGUUAGAAUCAUAUUUGUCAAGUGUUUCCUUUCAAAUCAUACUCCAUUGUAUCAUUUAACAUGUAGUUUUAAAUGUAUUAUAAAUAUCUGUAACCAAAUCAUUUGAAGGCUUGAUAAAUUUUUAACAAAAUUUGUACAUUUUUUAUGAGAGUUACUAGUAAUGCUUUACUAAGUAGUGCAAUGAAUUUUUAUUUUUAAUCCCUGUGCCCAAUUUUGGAGUUGAGAGGGUUGUUCAGUAAUAAAUGUAUGAUGUACACUUA